AUCCAAGUCCAACUAAUAGAGAUGGACGUAAUUAGCCAAAUAAAUGGAUAAUUUGCAUGAGUAAAAUAUGUUGACACAAAGUCAAUAUGAUAUUUUUCAACAAGAUUUAUGCAUAUGCUAUCUGGCUUUCCUACUUCGACAAUAGAAGAAUAACAACUAGUUCAGAAUCGAAUCAAACUGAUCAAUCCCCAAACAGUGCUAAAAUUAAAAUGUAAAAGUGAGGAGUUUUAUGAACUCUUCAAAGCUCUGGGGAUGCUUACAGAGCUCUCGAACCAAAAACUUGAGGCAAAUUUAAUCCUUUUUUUUAUAAACUUGGGUGAAGAUUGUGUAGCCCGCGAAUUGCCCUAAUAUCUACAACGACGUCAUAGUAAGCGGCCAAUCAGUAUGAGGUGAGUCGAACUAGAAUCUUCCCUGCACCAAACUCCUACUCAGUUUCCCUCCAUUUUUCUGUAUCUCUCUCUACAGAAUUCAGCUGCAACAGAAACACUCACAAUGCACAAGCACAACAACAACGACGCGUUUCAGCCAAUCACGGGGUUCCACAUAGGAUGAUCCCUCUAACAAACUGCUCCCUCCGUUUCUUCUUCUGUAUAUAUACCUCCGAUCCAUCUCAGUAACCGCAAAUCCACACUCAGAUUAACUCUCACAAAAAUUCUCUCCAAUGGCGAUUCCUCUGCGCUUCCAGCUCCCAGCGCUACUGGUCCUCCUCCUGCUCAUCUCCACCGCCUCCGCCUUCGACGGCAGCCCCACCCCCUCCAUCUCUCCUUCCCCCGCCGCAUUCCUUACGCCGACUCACACCUAUCCCCCAGCUCUCUUCGCCACAAUCCUCUCCACACUCGGUUUCCAGGAGCUCUCCUCCGCCACCGUCACCGCCAACCUCUCCGCCACUACGCCGCUCACCAUCUUCGCCCCCUCCGACGCCUCUCUCCUCACCUGUCCGUCCUGCUCCCUCCCUCUCCUCCUCCAGGAGCUCUCUAUCCCCGGCCUCUACCCUCUCCACUUCCUCCAAACCCUAACUUUCGGCACCAAAAUCGAGACGAUCGCUCCGAACCGCUGCCUCACCAUCACCAGCAACAGCAAGGACAAGGUCUUCGUCAAUGGCGUCGAGAUCACCAGCCCUGACGUCUUCAACAACGGCCUCGUCGUCAUCCACGGCCUGCAAGGCUUCGUCUCCCACCUCUCGCCGCUCUCCUGCAACGUCGAGAGGAUGACGUCUUUGUCGUUCCCCUCGCCUUCUCUCUCCUCAAUGGCGUCGCCGCCGCCGUCGCUCUUCAUCAUGCGCCUGAUGCUGAAGGACGCCAUCAUCCGCCUCCGCGCCACUGGAUACAGCGUCGUCUCCCUCGCGAUGCGUAUCAAGUACGCGGAGCUCACCGAGCUGAAGGCGAUGACGGUUUUCGCGAUCGAUGACACCGCGAUCUUCUCCGGUGGAGGUAAUGCCUACUUGUCCAACUUCCGGUUCCACGUGGUACCGAACAGGCGGUUGACGGCGGCCGAUCUGGUGACCUUACCGCCGUCGACGUCGCUGCCUACUCUGGACGCUGCAAACAACCUGGUGGUGACAACCGGUGGGGGCGGCGGACCUUCAGCGCCGAUGAAGAUAAACUACGUGAAGAUUACCACCAUCGAUCUGCUGCACAACAGCAAAAUUGUGAUCCAUGGAUUGUCGUCUCCCUUUCCGCACAUGAUGCAUCAUCAGCCGUACAGUGUAGAAGCUAGCAGUUCUUCUGAAAUCCAACGGUCCUCAUGCAGUCACUUUGAUUGGGAUCGUGGUAUCUGUGCUGCUGAAGCUCAAGUUCCAGCUGGAAUGCAGUCGGCGGUGGAUCUUCAGGAUAACCGUGGACUCUGAUCUACUGAUUUUACUCCACCAUCAACUGUAAGUGUCUGUACAAUUGCAAACUUCACUGAAUACUGAGCUUCAAAUGCUUUUACGCUUUCUUUGAUAAUCAUUGCGUCGGUUAUGGAAUAAUAUUGAGGUGUACAUUUCACGAUCUAUUUUCCGUCACCAUUUUCCAUUUCAUAUAAAGUGAAAUUGUAUGCAUACCGUGAAGAUCACAAUACACGUGGUUCCAUAACAAAUUACUUCUUGUUA